AUGAAAGUUCAAAAAGAGGGGAGAUGGAUUCAUCCCCCUGCAGGAGUCCUAAAAAGUAAUACGAACGGAUCUUCUAAAGGAAAUCUGAGUCUUGCUGGAAUUGGCGGGGUUGGCAGGAGUAGUGAUGGUAGGGUGGUGUUCUUUUUCUCUUCUUUUAAGGGGGUUCACUCUAAUAACCUCAUGGAGGCUGUGGUUAUUCUCCAUGCGCUUGAAAAAGGAUGUGCUCUUGGUUGGAAAAAGAUUGCCUAUGAGUCUGACUCACAGAAUGUGAUUGACAUGUUGAAUACUCAUCAGCUUGAGGAUGCUAAUUGGCAGUUAGCCAGGGUGAUUAGGAAAAAAUUGAAUUUAUGCUCAUCCUUGGAGUAUAUCUCUUUCAGUCAUUUUCCUUGUGAAUGGAAUAAAGUUGCAAAUUGUUUGGCUAAAUGGGCCAUGGAGAACCUGAGGAGGUGGAAUGUUGAAGAUUGGGAGCUCCUCUCUCCAAAUUAUUCUUGCUUUUUGGCUAAGUUAAUUGAAGAUGACUAG